AUGUCAGAGGUAAUCAAUUUCGAUGGUUUAUAUGCGGCAGCUGCUGAGAACUGGGCUAGUCCCAUCGAUUCCUUCGCUGAAAUGUCAACAACUGUUGCAACAAAGAACUUUCUAAAGAAUUACGUCGUUUCUGUGUCAUCGUCGAAUUACAUUUCUCUCAGAAGUAUAGUUUUUUCCGUGGCCAUUUUAGUUGUAGUCGGAAUGCUGUUAACUUUAAAUGAUUCUGUUAAAUGCAUCUCCUUAUUUUGUUGGGCAUGCUUCAUCAAGCCAUUCCAUUCGAGGGGGUCCCACAGUACCUUUAAUCAACAGAAGAAUUUGGAAUUGUUUUACAAAAGUCAGGCAAAUAUCUACGAUAAGACUCGUGAGAUAUUGCUGAAAGGUAGACUUGAGGCUUUGAAACUAGCUUAUUCUCAUUUGGCAAAAGUCCAAUCAGAGAAUCGCACAAAUGAUAAAUUAGUUUGGGUUGAUAUCGGUGGUGGUACCGGAUUGAAUGUUGAAAAAAUGUCCACGAUUUGUUCACUGGAAGAAACUUUCGAGGCAAUUUAUCUGGUUGACUUAUCGCCCUCUUUGUGUGAGGUUGCUCAGAAAAGAGUAGAGCGAUUAAAUUGGAAAAAUGUAUAUGUUAUUUGUGCUGACGCCUGCGAUUUUCAACUUUUAAAUCAUGACAGUGCUGAUUUCAUUUCCUUUUCCUAUUCUUUAUCUAUGAUGCCACCUUACCAUGCGGUGAUUGACCAUGCCUACGAACUUCUAAAUGAGAACACAGGUAUCGUUUGCUCUGUUGACUUUGGUGUUCAGUCAUCUGCCCAUGCAACCAGUAGAGUCAAUAGUCUGGGAGGACUAACUAAUUAUCAUAUACCCUGGAUUCAAAGAACUUUCUGGAGAAUUUGGUUUGAAUGUGACAAAGUUUACCUGGAUCCCUCGAGAAGGGAGUAUUUGGAAUAUAGAUUUGGCACAGUGAAAUCUUUGAAUUUACGUAAUAAAACUUUGGGUAACAUACCUUACUAUAUUUGGUUGGGUGUUAACAAAGAGUUCCAUGAUUCCGUGAAUGAUAUGGUUCAAAGGCUUGAAGUGUCUUCAGAGAUCACAACGAAAGAGCUCGAGGUUGCCUCAAAAAACUUAAGCAAAGGAUUACCAUUCCCCUCCAUUUUUUAUCAAAAUGAGACUUGGAGAGUGUACUAUGACGAAUUGAACCCACAACAUGAGCAGUUCAAAAAUCAGUAUAUUUAUGCCUUCACUUGGGAAGAUCCGAGGGAAGACGCAAAAAUACUAAAUUUAACCCCGGAUGAUACUAUUUUGGCCAUUACAAGUGCGUGCGACAGUAUAUUGGCCUAUGCUUCGUUGCCAAAUCCCCCGAGAGAAAUUCAUGGUGUGGAUUUGAAUCCAUGUCAAGGACACUUGGCCGAACUCAAAUUGGCUUCAUUGCGUUGUUUAACACAUGAGGAGGUCUGGUCUUUAUUCGGUGAAGGCAAAAUCAAUAAUUUCAAAGAGAUUUUGACUACUAGGCUCGCGCCUCAUUUGUCUUCCAAUGCAUUUCAAUAUUGGCUGACUCAAGGACUUGAAAGUUUUGAUGGUAAAGGUCGUGGCUUAUAUGACACAGGUUCAACGAGGUGGGCAUUAAGGUUGGCUAAAUCCAUUUUUAAGCUGUUAGGCUUGACGAGUAAAGUUGAACAAUUAUGCAAGGCCCGCACCAUAAGAGAACAAGUAAUAAUCUGGCAAAAAUAUCUCAGACCUGCCCUUUUCAAUCCUAUUGUUGGAAAGCUGCUGGUUGGUAAUCCGCUAUUUUUAUGGAAGGCAUUGGGAGUUCCGAGUAAUCAGGCAAAGAUGAUGAAAACAUCCAUUUCUCAAUACAUAAUUGACACAAUUGAUCCAAUUGUUACCAAUUCCUUGAUUUCAACUGACAAUUAUUUCUACUACUUGACUCUCAUGGGAAGGUACUCAAGGGACAAUUGUCCUUCUUAUCUAACAAAGAAAGCGCACAAAACAUUCCAAGAUACGGACAAAUCUCCUUUAGAUAAUAUUAGGUUGCACACGGACUUUGUGAGUAACGUCCUGAGAGAUUUUUCAAACAAAACUCUCACCGUUGCCGUCAUUAUGGAUCAUAUGGAUUGGUUUGAUCCAAAAGGUGACGAUGCCAAAGAUGAAAUUAGUGCACUACUUGGUGCUUUGAAAAAAGGUGGAAGGGUGUUAUUAAGAUCGGCAGCACCUCAUCCUUGGUACAUCAAAACUUUUGAGCAGUUGGGAUUUACCUGCAAAGCAGCAGCUAUAAGAAAGUCAGGUCAAAGUAUCGAUAGAGUGAAUAUGUACGCUUCAACCUGGAUAUGUCAAAAAAAUUGA